AGGGAGUUUUUUCAGCUCUUGUUCCCCCAUUUCAUACAUCUUCAUCACCCCCUCUUCAUUACAUUUUCUAACUAUUGUUAUUACUAUCCCAUCUUUUGAAUUGCUCUUUUAAUCUACCUAUCCCACAUUCCCUUGUGUACCACUAACUCUUGUUUAUUGAAUACUAUAAACCACCCAAAAUGUAUCACGACAUCGCCCACGCGGUUUAUAAGCGGGGUCAGGACUCCAUGGGGAACUAUGAGAUGCCAGGCUGGGGAUUGGGGCUCAUCUUCUUGGAUAUCCUGAUCUUUUUGCCUUUGGUCUUGGUGGUCAACUACUCUCUCCAUCAUGUCUUCCCCACGCUUGCCAUCGUCGAGGACCCGUCUCCUCCGGCUUACGAACCCGUGUCCCUGAACGAUGACGCCCAAUCUUUCGCCGAAGACAAUGCCCCGCUUGCCGAUGAGGCCGCUAACUCCCAGGCUCGUCUGGUUACCUCUUCUCUCCGAUCUACAUACCGUGCCCUUACUGCUAUCAGUGGCUGGCGCUCUCUGUUCCGAGGUCUCGCGUGCUACUUCUCCCUCAGUGUCGCUACUGCGUUCGUCUACGGCAUUCUAGCUGGCACUUUCAUUCCCUCUCUCAUCGCCGCCCCCGUCUCUGCGAUUGCUCUCGUCCAGCUAUACACGGCAUGGACUCACAUCGUUAUCUCGGCACCGAGCUCCAAGACUUUCUGGCAGCGUCUUCCCCCCUUCAAGAAGGCAUUCCACGCUACCGCCCUCCCUAUGGUCAUGUACUUCUUCGCUGCCGAGCUUUCCUCGUUUGUCCCUAGGAUGCUUGCGUACGCCAUGUCCAUGAACCUACCCAACCCGAAGCAACCUGGCGUUAUCCCUGAGACCGACAAGAACGACAUCUGGAAGGGUGUAAUCGUGCUUCUCGUCUCGCUUGUCUUGCACGUUUUCCUCGUUAUCCCCACACAGGUUAUCCUUACCCGUGUUCAGGCCUCCCUCCUCCCCGACGAGGACGACACUGUCGUUCCCUUCGACCGUUCGUUCGCUAGUAGAGUGGAGCCCGCCAUCGUCGGUGGCAAGGGCUUUGUCACUGUCAAGGAUGCGUGGCAAUCUUUCUCUCGCGCCUCGUGGGUUCGUCUUGUCAAGCUCUACGUCAAGAUCUUUGCCGCUGGUUUAGCCCUCGGUCUAGUCUGGGUGGCCGUUCUUGUACCUGAGAUGUUCCUCAUCUUGAGCCACAGCAAGAAGGUUGAGUAAAUCUAGUCGAUCCAAUCGAUCAGAUCCAUGGUCUUAAGCCAUGACAAUACAGUCCGCUCCGGUAUCAAUCUACUUGUUUCUUCUGGAUGGUUCCUGACCUUGCGCGCAAACUGCCAAUAUUAAUGGUUUGUGAGAAUAUUCGGAGUAAUAAAGAGCAGGUUUGGCGUUCUGAUGGAAGUAGGACAAUGAGUUAUAGCACUUAUUACUCCCCUGAGUUGGGUGAUAGGGGCGAUUCAACUACGAGACUAUGAAAAAGGGUUGGUUACAUGAUUUCUGGUUCAGUCGAACCGUCCGUACACCAGAAUAGCAACUUUUCAAUUAUAACAUGGUAAAAUCAGUAUCUUGAUUUCUACGGCUCAUAUAUAUUAGAAUUAAAUGAGAUGCUCAGUGACUUGGGUAUAUUUGUAAUCUGACAUUGUAUGGCAUUACCAUUACCUAGCCCACGAUGCCCUUCUUCCAGGACCAAUAGAUCAUC